CCCGGAAGCCCGAUGUGGAGCUGCCCCAGCCGUUUCGGCCCAGUGGUACCGCUUCGCUCUUUCCGUCUCCGUGUCCCCGCUCCCUUCGGCGGCCAUGGGCCUCCCGCCGAAGCUCGAGAUGUUGCUCUACACCGUAAAUACGCUGCUGCGCAAGCAGCGCUACCACGCCGCGCUGGCCGUGCUCAAGGGCUUCCGCAACGGAGCCGUCUAUGGAGCUAAAAUCCGUGCGCCCCAUGCUCUGGUCAUGACGUUUCUCUUCAGAAGUGGAAGCCUAAAGGAGAAGCUCAAGGCAAUUGUUCAGGCCACAUACACACAUUCCCGAAACCUGGCUUACUUUGUUUUUACCUACAAAGGCUUGUGUGCCUUGCAGUCUGGUGUCCAGGGAAAGACCUUCCAGUUUCAUUCCUUUCUGGCGGCCUGUAUCGGUGGCUGGUUGAUUUUCGGAGAAAAUAACAACAUCAACAGUCAGAUUAACAUGUACCUGCUGUCUCGAACCCUUUUUGGACUGACCCGGCUAGCAGUUGAGAAAGGCUUCAUCCCAGAGCCAAAACAGGAUCCCUUUCCUUUGUUUUCUGCUAUCAUCUGGGGACUCGUCCUCUGGCUCUUUCAGUACCACAGACACACCCUUCAGCCAUCUCUGCAGUCCUCCAUGACAUACCUUUAUGAUGACAGCAAUGUGUGGCAUGACAUUUCUGAUUUCCUUAUUUAUAAUAAAAGCAGCUCUGGGAAAUAAUCCAUAGGCUUCAGGAAACUUGGAUAGUGGUAUGCUCUGGCAUGGCCAGGGUAAAAGUAGAUGACUUUUUUGUUGUUGUUCUAUCGUAAACCUAAAGGCUUCCAGAUUGGCUUUUACCAUCCCCUGAAUUAAUUUCUUGAUAAUUUUUUUAAACAAACACUAUGCAACCUACUGUCAUUUUUUCUAUUAGUUUUUUUUUUUUUGUCAACCGAAAUUUCCUAUAGAGACUAGAGAUGAUUUAUUUCAUUCUCUAGGGUUCAUUCAUGUUUAAUUUCAUUGGUAACAGGGGUCCUAAACCAUUCUACAAAAUAAAGAACUGUGUUUGUUUUUUUUUUAA